AUGUCAAACACAUCGGCGCUUUCCACGAGUCCAUCACCACGCCAGCGCAUUCUCAUCGUUGGCUGUGGAAUAGCAGGACCGGUUCUUGCGACUCUGUUAAUCUCAUCUCCUGUCCCUGUCACAGCUCUACCUCACAUCACAAUCCUCGAACGCAAUACCGCCGCUCUUGGUUCAGGCCAGAACAUUGACAUCCGCGGCAUCGGCAAACACGUAAUCAACCAGCUCGGCCUGAUGGACGAGAUCAAAGCCGCCACGACUGGAGAGGAAGGAGCCAAGAUCGUGGACUCUGCAAACAGGAUCUGGGCACAAUUCGCUGCCGACAAGACUGGAAAGGUCGAAACUGGCACUUCCGACAUUGAGAUACUGCGUGGUCGGCUUGCGGAAAUUCUUNUGGAGCAGGCGAAGAAUGUCAGCAAAGAUGUUGAAGCGAGAGGUGGAGAAGGAGUCGAAUUCAUCUUCAACGACAGUAUCCAAGAUCUGAAUCAAGACGAAGACAAGGUCUACGCUCGAUUCGCCAAAGCAGGCAAUAGAACUUAUGACUUGGUCGUCGGAGCCGACGGGCUUCACAGCAAAACACGCAAACUGGUUUGGGGAGCAGAGCAAGAGGGAUGCUUGAAGCCCUUGCGCAUGUAUGGUGCUUUCUUCAGCACGACAAAGGAAGAGGCAGAUGGUGAUUGGCGGUCAUGGCACCAUGCUCCUGAUGGCGUCAGUGUCAUGCUCCGACCCUCAGGCACAAAGGAGAAAAGCACUGUGCUUGUACUUCUCGCCGACAGAGAUGACUCCAUCGCGAAUGGGAUGGCGGGCUCCGGCAGAGAUGUUUCGGCACAAAAGAAGCUUGUGUUGCAGAAGUUGAACAACAUUGUCUGGCAAGAACACAGACUGAAGAAAGCUGUGGAAGCGGCAGACGAUUUUUACUUCGACACCGCGGCACAGAUCAAGCUGGACAGUUGGAGCAAGGGCAGAGUCGUCUUGCUGGGCGAUGCUGGGUACGUUGUCAGUCUUGUUCUCGGAUCAUCGAUCAUUGGCUUACAUCAAAACAGACACUGCGCAUCUCCCUUCUCGGGUAUGGGUACCACGCUUGCACUAGCCGGUGCGUACCAUCUUGCCGGUGCUCUUGUGGCUUUUCCCGACCAACUCAAGAUGGCAUUCACACAAUAUGAAGACUCCAUGCGACCGCUCGUGCAAAAGGCUCAGAAAUUACCUCCUGGUAUGCCACAUCUUAUUCACCCUCAAAGUGUAUGGGGAGUCUGGUUGCUCAGAUUAUUUGCUGCCACGAUAUAUUGGUCUGGAUUGAUGCAUCUGAUGUUCAAGUUCAAGGGACCCCCAGCGCGAGUGAAAGAGUUUAAGGGAUAUGAUUUUAAGAUCAAGAAAGAGCAGUGA